AUGUUUCUUGGUGUUUCCUUAAUAAUUUGUGUAACUGUGGUAUUAUGCCCUAUAUCUGAGGGAUACCAUAACUGGCAUAAUGGCAGGGAAAAUUCGAAGUUCUUCAUCGACGAAUGGACAGUUGAAGUGGAAGGUGGUGAAGAAGUUGCUGAGCUUGUCGCCUUGGAUCUUGGAUAUGAAUACGGAGGACCGAUCCCGGGAUUCCCCAACAUGUACGCGUUUCGCACAUACAAGCGUAAGCAGAGGCGCACCCUUCACAUAUCCACAUUACAAAAGGACGCGAGGAUUCGAUGGGCAGAGCAGCUAUUUGUGAAAAGUCGUGUAAAACGUUAUCCGUUAAUUGACCCUGUCUCUAAUAAAAAAUUAAACCGUGUGAAGAGAAUAGAAGAAAUAACUAUAAAUUCAGACGACGACAGAGGUGAACAAAUGCUGCGCAGACAAAAUCGCCUAUUCAAUGAUGAAUUGUGGAGCUACGAGUGGUAUUUGCAAGACACACGAACUGAUGCAGACUUACCUCGUCUGGAUCUCAAUGUUCUCCCAGUCUACGCUAUGGGGUACUCAGGCAAAGGUGUGCGUGUGUCCAUACUAGAUGAUGGUAUUGAGCAUAAUCACACCGACUUACGGGAUAACUACGACCCUGAGAUUAGUUGGGACAGUAAUAAUGGAGAUCCAGAUCCAUUUCCAAGAUAUGAUGACAAAAAUAGUAAUUCUCAUGGAACGAGAUGCGCUGGAGAGAUAGCAAUGACGGCGAAUAAUAGGAAAUGUGGCGUGGGCGUGGCGUGGGGAGCUAAAGUGGGCGGAGUCCGGAUGCUCGACGGUCGAAUCACGGACCGGAUUGAAGGCGAAGCUAUAGGAUACGCUUGGGAUAAAGUGGAUAUUUACAGUGCUUCAUGGGGUCCAAGUGAUGAUGGGAAAACUGUCGAAGGACCGGGAAGGCUUGCAAAUGAAGCUUUCAAACGAGGAAUUGAAAAGGGUCGUGGUGGAAAAGGAAAUAUUUUUGUGUGGGCAAACGGUAACGGUGGCGGUCAUAAUGAUAACUGCAACUGUGAUGGCUAUUCUUCAAGUAUCUACACAAUAUCAAUUGGUAGCGCUUCCCAGCAAGGCCUGUUUCCUUGGUACGGAGAAAUCUGCUCUUCCACCCUGGCAACCGCAUACUCCUCUGGUGCUUACAAAGAUCAGAAAAUUGCGACAACAGACACGAAAGAUUCAUGCACUCUCGGUCACACAGGGACAUCAGCUGCUGCGCCAUUGGCUGCUGGUAUUAUCGCCUUGGCACUACAUGCAAAUCCUAACUUAACAUGGCGUGAUGUUCAACAUUUGAUCGUAUGGACUUCAGAAUAUGCACCACUCUCAGAAAAUCCUGGUUGGCAAAUAAAUGGCAUUGGAUUGCGUUUCGACGUUCGUUUCGGCUUUGGAUUACUAAACGCUGGCGCUCUUGUCGCUGCCGCUUUGAAUUGGACUACGGUGCCGGAUAAACACGAGUGUCGAAUCGAAGCUCCUACUUCAAAACAAGGAGUUCCCAUAUCUUCAAAGGAGUCAGUGGAAAUCACGAUCUACGUAGAUGAUUGUCUAAUUAAUUAUAUCGAACAUGUUCAAUUAUUUAUAAAUGUACAAUACACUAGAAGAGGAGCUUUGGAUAUUUAUUUGACUUCGCCAGAAGGUACAAAAGUUCAAAUACUGAGUGCAAGGCCAAGGGAUACGUCAAACAAUGGAUUUGUCAAUUGGCCAUUGACCUCUGUCGCUACGUGGGGUGAACGGGCUAAUGGUGUAUGGAGAGUUGUUAUACAGGAUACGACAAAUGAACCAAACGAUGGUGAAAUCGGUCCAAUAACAUUAAUCGUUCACGGCACAUCAGAUAUACCAGCUCAUAUGAAAAACGGUCCCAGGAGAUACGACAACACGUACAACACGCUCGAUUACCUUGACAGUGGUGGGCCAUACGACUAUGUUGCCCCGAUUGUACCAGGGCAACAUAGCACGGAAGAAGUUCUCUUCAACGACAUUGAUACAACUGUAUAUCAAUUGGAAAAAGAGCUAUUGAGGAAUCAUCACACUCCGAAGCAUGAUCUUGCG